AUGGGCUCCUCUCGAGUUCUUGCCGCUUUGAUUACCGUCGCUCUUACAAUUGCCGCCACUACGCGUGAUAGCAAAUCUUUCGAGGACCACAUCGGGACUUCAGCAACCAUAGACCACAAGAAUUUCUUAAUAUCAGAGGUAUCUGCGUCCUCCCAAGCAGUCCCGAGAAGUACCAAAGUCAAGCGAACAUUCAAGUUCAAGUUCUUCGACCACAACUCCGAGACCUAUACCCACUGCGCCCAAACAUGGGAAGACGAGGUCGACAUUGCCAGCGGUGUUCUCAUAGCCAAUCCCCCUUCAUCUUAUAUUCUUUGCCCUAAUUCUGCUGGUACUGCUGUGGACAACUCCUUCCGUAUGCGCUUCUCGGCUUCUUAUACUACAUUUGGCAACUUUACACUCAAUCUAGCUCACUCGGUUCGAGAUGACAUCAACUUCACACCUCCAUAUGAUAUUCUCACAUAUUUUGCCAUCGAUUGCAACCUAGCUCUUGACUGCGUACUCCCUACCCACGAGAAUACUUCAACAGAUUGUCACUUAGCUGGUAAUGCAACAUCUGUCGUGGCUACCGUGAAUGGAAUAUCUGCUUAA